GUAGAUACAUAUAUAGAGAUAUAGAAGUUUAGAACAAAAAAAGGAAAGAGAAAAAGAGGGAUAGAUAGCGGAACGUUAACUCGAAGACGUUGAUGAUUUGUAAAAUGGCGAUUUGCAUGUUCUGGCUUCUCACGUACGUGGGACAGGGGCUGGACCUGGCGGUGGGCAAUCGACCUGUAAUCAUACAAGUGCAGGGCGCCCAGGGCGGGCUCGAAACCUAUCGUCACGGAAGCAGCGGCGGCAUCAGAAAGAAGAGCGAGCUGAGCUCCUCGGUAGGUGGCAACCUGUUGCACCUCAGAAUAUAUCCCACCGACGGUAGUCCGGGACACAUGCGGGACGAUCUGUCCAACUGGUUGGUAUUCAACGACGAGCCACGGAUAACGCCGUGGUCGCCCGCUGGGAUGCUGAUCGACGACAUGGUGAAGGAACCGCGGGAGCUCCAGAACGUGUUCUUCAGCCUGUCGCCCGCGGUGCUCAACGUUCUCUCCGAAUACGCGACGUCUCAGCAUCAUCAGGCGACGCAGUCGUCGCAGUCGUCCCAUUCCGCGAUCGCGACCGAGCCCUAUCUGCCUCCCCACGACGAGAGUAGCAAUCAUCAUCAGCUGAUCGGCGGCGGUGGCCGGCAGCGGGCGAAAAAGCGGCGCAUAGGCUGCCGGCAUCCAAGGGGUCCACUUAGCGUUCUGCCGCCGAUCCUGGUGUGCGACCAGGAGACCGGCAGAAAGACGACCGCCGCCGCCGCCGUCGCAGCAGCAACAGCCGCCGCCGCCGCCAACGCCCUUCACGAACCCAGACAAUCCAAUCACGACGAUCUCUACGCGGAGCAGAGAUUCAACACUGCGACGAGCACGAAGACUGAUCUCGCGCGCGGGGCCGAGGCCGGCACCACUAGUACCACCCUCAACUUACCCACGAACGGCGGCUUCAUCCCGAGGGCCUUCGCAUAUGAGACUGGCAAGUUACCCGGUAGCAAGCGGAAUCAGAUCACGGUCGGACGUCGUUCGAUCGACGCCCAAGGAGUCCCGGGACACCAGGCUCAGGCGUCCUCGGUGUCCUCGGCCGGCGCGAGCAUCGCCUCGCAGCUCAUGCUGAGGUCCAUCCGGGGUAGCAUACAGUACGACGUGCCGCAAAUCGAAUGUCCAGUUUCCGAAGAUGGAAUGGAAAGAUUCGCCUGUCCGACUGCGGAUAGAAUGGGUAGAUAUCAUUGCAUCGACGAUCACGUCCUAUGCGACGGCUUUAUAGACUGUCCCACAGGCGAGGAUGAGGAUAGACAUGCUUGCAUGUUUUACAAAACUACGAAAGCGCAUCUGGACGUAUUAGCGGACGCCAUAUUACGAUGGGCGAGAGGACGCUAAUUCCUUCUUUGUUGAUGAUGAAAAAAACCUCCAAUCUGUACAUAAAAUCACAAGUCUGAUACGUCUACUUCUUUAUAUACAUAUAUUCAUCGAUGAUAUCUUUUUCUCCUACAUUAAUCUAUUUUCCGGAAACUGUUUUCUCUCUAUGUUUGGCGCAUAGAGACGUUCAUAUUGAAAUCAAACUCAGGGGAACGUUAAGAUGAACCGUCUCUCUCUCUCUCUUUCUAUCUAUCUAUUUCUAUCUCUCCUUUUCUA